CGCGCGCUCUUCCCUUAAAACUGCGGGCCGCGGGCUGCGCGCCGCCGAGGUGCCUCAGUCGAGCGCCGAGCCGUCGAUCGCGUGGCUCCCGCAGUCUGCGCUCCCGCUCGCUGGUGGCUCCACCCGCCAUAUUGUAGACCAGCAUCCCGUUAUGGAGCAUGCCAUUACCCCGCUGGAACCCCUGCUUCCCUCUGGGAGUUUGAAAUACUGCCUUGUGAUUCUGAACCAGCCUUUGGACAAAUGUUUCCGUCAUCUUUGGCACAAAGCUCUUUUAAGAGCCUGUGCCGAUGGAGGUGCCAACCGCUUAUAUGACAUCACAGAAGGAGAGAGGGAGAGCUUUCUGCCUGAAUUCAUCAGUGGAGACUUUGAUUCCAUUAGGCCUGAAGUUAGAGAAUACUACGCUAUUAAGGGCUGUGAAAUUAUUUCAACUCCUGAUCAAGACCAUACUGACUUUACCAAGUGCCUUGAAGUGCUCCAAAAGAAGAUAGAAGAAAAAGACCUACAGGUAGAGAUGAUUGUGACGUUGGGAGGACUUGCUGGACGUUUUGACCAGAUCAUGGCGUCCGUGAGCACUUUGUUCCAAGCGCCUCAAAUAACUUCUUUGCCAAUUAUAGUAAUCCAAGAGGAAUCUCUCAUCUACCUGCUCCAACCGGGAAAGCACAAACUGCAUGUAGAUACCGGGAUGGAAGGUGAUUGGUGUGGCCUCAUUCCUAUUGGACAGCCUUGCAAUCAAGUGACAACAACAGGCCUAAAGUGGAACCUCACACAUCAGAUGCUUGGUUUUGGAACACUGGUGAGCACUUCCAACACCUACGACGGAUCUGGUGUUGUGACUGUGGAGACUGACCAUCCCCUGCUCUGGACCAUGGCCAUCAAAAACUGACCAGUGCUGACCUCCGUCGCUGUGCCUCUGACAUACCUCGUUUGCCAACAACAUCAUGCUCAAGAAGAACAGUCCACCUUGGCUGGCAGGACUCGAAACCUGUCCCCUGGGAAGCCCACUAGUUUUAAAGACUGUCAUGUUUUGAUCAUUCAGGUAACACUAUAAAUGACAAAUUCCAGUUUUACUGUGACAGGGGUGGGGGGGAAUCGUUAUUUGUUAAAGUAAAUAUGCUCUAUUAGAUUCAGUUGGAAAGUUAACGUGGAUCAUCUCACUCUAAAAUUCAGUCCUGAUUACUCAUUAAUCACGCCAUGUACCCCCAGGAAACAGUUUGUAAUUUUGAAGCUGAGGAAGCUCUGAGGUUCCGUGGUGUCCAGCACAUGUACCUCCUCCUGUCGAUCCUUAAAUGCUUGCUUCUGUCUAACAAUAACAUUAGCUUUCUCAGUCAUGUGGAUUCCCUCUCACUGAAAAAAUAACUCCUCCUAGCUUGGGAUGCUAGAACCGCACCAUUUGAUUCUGACCUUAACAGCUUGGGGUAUUAUCUUUUAAUGAUAAAUAAAAAAAUCACUAGCCUGAUUACUAAAAUUUAAAACAAGUAGAACCCACCCAGCUGCUUUACGUAACGCAAACUCAGCGUUGCUGUAAAGAAAGAGACCGGCCUCUCUCCUCUCUGGUGCUGCGACAGAGUGAGGGUUGUGUUGUGAGUGGGGAAUGAAAGCGGGACCCCUUGAACUAGCAUGCAGGUGUGCAUAGUUAAUCAUUAGAGAUCACUUUUAAAUUAUUCAUGCAAAUACAUGUGAAACUGAAUCCAGAUGUGAAAUAAAAAUAUUUAGUUACCAA